GGUAUCAGAUAUCUAGGUAUCAGGGUGAAAGAAACUCUGCCCAUCUGUUUCCACCGACAGCCGGGAUUGAACCCGGACCCUGGGAUUACGAGUCCCAAGCGCUGUCCAUUCAGCCACGACCCCUGUGCUCCUGCUCUCCUUCUGAUCAUAGGGCCAUGUAGCUGAAUUUUGCCUAUUUGGGUUUACAAUAUUGAAGAGGCCUUCAUGAUACAGUAUAGCAGUUUGGCUUAGACUUUGUUCGCCUACCCACAGGAAGCCCGAUACAUUGUCAUCUGGGGGUCCCUGGGUGUCAAUAGUCUUCUAGUUGGUUCUCUGUGUAGGGUGUGGAUCUAGCAAUCAUCUCCCUUGGGGAGACUAGGGUGUCACUGAGCCUCCUCCAUAUCGUGCACUUAUCUACUGUGAGGCACAGCAUUUUUUUUUUCAGCCAACCUUUGAGCUUUGAUUUUUCCAUUAUCUAUAAAGAACAGCAAUGAUCAACUGAUGCCAUCAACACAUCAUGCCCCUUUUUUUUUUUAUACCAGUACUGUAUAUACAAAGAGUUCUUACAUUCUUGUAAUUAACUUGUAUCAACUGGCAACAACACCAACAUUUUUCUUGUCAAAUAAUUAACACUGACAUGCCACUGUGAUGCAUCUCGCAUUACCACUGGUGCAGUUAUUGGGAAGAGUAAAUGUCAUGCAAACUGCAUGUGCCAUAAAGAACAUCUAACAGGAGGAGGUAGCUUGCCAAGAACAGCAAGAGCACUGCAUGAUUCCUAGUUCACCUUCGAUCCAGAGUGGCCAUUUGGCUAGUGCUCUACCUGUUGCUGACCAAAACAUAUUGCCAGUGGAUCUCCUUAGUACUGUUCAGCAUUCAUGGUCAAAGGUGAUAUCAAUUUGAUUAUGUCAGAAGUUUCAUCUAGUAUGGAGCUGCCGCCACUGCCUGGUGCAGAUGAAGAGGUUGGAGAAUAUUACUUUGAAUCUGACCCUUUAGCCCUGAAGGACAACAGUGACUACCAACAGUUGAUCAAGGCAAUGGUCAGACUACAAGCACAACGUGCAAAGGCUGUUAAGGAUAUGGAGCAACUGCAAGAGGCUAGAGAGGAAGCCUUAAAAGAUCCUUUAACAUUUGUAACGGCACUCCAAAAUGGUGUUUGUUUGAAUCUUCCCGGGCCACAGGAUAUCACUCAGAUUCCACAUAUUGACUGGGAGAAAUAUAACGUCAAGUCAAUUAUGCAGGGAAUGAGACCAAAGACACGGAAACGAGUUCUUCAAGAGAGCCUCGCCGCACAGCAGCCAACUCCGGACAGUAAGGAAUUAGUAACUGAAGAUGGGAAGAUUAUGGUACGUGGGCGGGUGUAUGAUGGCAGCAAACCACAAACUUUUAAUCAGUCCUGGACUGAUGAAGAGCAACGCAAACUUGAGGAACUUCUAAUUAAAUAUCCUGACGAAGUCAUUGCUUCUCAUCGAUGGCUUAAGAUUUCUAAGGAACUUGGAACACGAACACCACUUCAAGUUCAGAGUAGAGUACAGAAGUACUUCAUUGCACUGAAGCGUGGAGGCCUACCAGUUCCAGGCAAAAAUCCAAGAACAGCUGUGUUAAGGAAACCGGCUGGACGAAGGCGUGGCACAUUCCUUUAUGCACUACAAUCAGGAAGAGGUUCCAGUUUUAUGAGAGCAUUCAACAUGUAUGAAGAUGAAGAGCAGGGACCUGAUUUCGGCGGCAACAAAACUAGUCACACAGCUACUGGUGUCUUUGAUGAUGAGUUUUCAAGUAAAGGGGACUUUUUAAAUGUUGAGGAGGACGAGGAAGAUGUUGCAGAAGAACUUCGUAAUACCGAGGACUACCAAGAGAUGUUGAGGUUAAAACAAGUUAAAUUGCUGAAACUCCGUGAAAUGGAAACUGGCAUUGUCUCUCAUCCAGGAUUCACAUGUGACGUGUGUGGCAUGGAACCGAUUAUGGGGAUACGCUGGCACUGUGUUGAAUGUCCAGCCUCUACAAGUGUUGAUCUGUGUGAAAAGUGUGUCAAGACUAACUUCUCCUUAAAUUCCCACCGUCCAUCUCAUAUAUUGCAGCCAAUUAAAGCACUCUGUAUCCGGGAUACUGUGGUAGCAUUAUCCUAAGAAAAAGAAAAAUUUGAUUAUAAGGUUGGUUUUGCUCGUGCUGU